UUUCAUAGAUAUAUGUUGUUUUGGGAGGAGAUUUCCGCUGCUCUACUCACGCCGCCAUCUUCCGCCCCUCUCCAGGUUGAAACUCUUUUACACUGGGACUCUUAAAUAGGAACUGUCAGUCAAGAGACAUUUGAGGAAAGCAUCUGAAGUGAAAGACAGUGAUCAUAAGAAAUAGGAAAACCAAAUUUGGAGUUAAGUUAGUGUUGGGAGGAGAAGAAAACUUCCUAAGUGUCCAAAUCUAUACUUAAAAUUGUCAGAGAGGAAAGUGCUAACUGGUAUGAAAUAAAAGCAGGAUGUUGAAAGCAGUAUUCAGAGAACAGAAAAAGAGCUCUUAGAAAUUAAAAAUAGUAUAGAAGAAAUGAAAAUAAUUAAUAAAGGAAUUAGAAUAUUCAGCUGGGGAAAUGUCCCUGAAAGUUCAGCCAAAAGACAAUAAAAUUGAUAAAAGAGAAAAGACUAAUUAGAGAAAGUCCAACCUCUGUCUAGUAGUCCCAAUAAAAGAGAAUGAAGUAAAUGAAAGGAAAAAAUUUUGGAAAAUAAAUCAGUAUUUUCCACAAAUGAAGACAUCAUUUACUAGAUUUAAGGGGUCCACCAGCAUGUUGGAUGGAAGAAGAGUAAAGAAGAGAUUCUAAAGGCUUCCAAGAAGAAAUAAAACUGGUCCCAUAAAAGGAGUAGCCCUGGGCUUUGAACAGCAACUUGGGAAGCUACAGAACAAUGGAGCAAGGCCUCUAAAUUUCACAGAGAAAAUUGUCAGCGAGAAUUCCAUAGCAGUGAAAUUAUUUAUCAAGUGUGAAUGUAGUAAAAGAAAUUUACACAAGGUCUCAAAAAAAUCAAAACUUUUUUUUCUUUCAAAUGCAUUAGACAGAGGUAAUGUAGCCUCACAGAACAUGUGUUAAAAGAACUUAAGGGCCAGGGUUUCCAAAUGAACCAGCCACCAUCUGGCACAUUGCCACAGCUUUCUAACUGGUAAAGCAAAAGGGAAAUGAACCACGAAAUAGGAAAAUAUGGGAUUUCAAAGUCUGGAGCUCCAGUACAGGUGGAAUCAUAGGAAACUUCGGAGUGAUGGUAAUGGACAGCCCAGGGUGAUAGCUGGGUAUCAGGCUUUGAAGGCAACCAGUGAGUACUGAAGCAGAGCUACAGCUGGGAUGUUGCCAAGAGGAAAAAAAGCAAUAGAAGGCUUACCUGAUGUGUUUGGCUCUACUUAAGGGAGUUUUGCAGGUGUUGGAGAGUUUGGGCAUGAAUUUGUUAUGAACAAAAAGAAAAUCAAACACUAUAAAAGGAAAAGGCAAUUAUUAACUCCAGGGUGGUGGUGGUGGUGGGGAAAUAGUAAUCAUUGAGUAUUGAUUUAACCAAAUAAAUACUGUUUUGGUAAAAAAUGUGAUUCAACUAUUUUGCAUGUCUGAGAAAGGAAAUGUAUAUAUGGAGCAAUAUAAGAUAGCGAAAUCUUAAUUGUCCAUGUUAGGAGAGUAAUAGAUAACACCUAAAAUGGGUAAGUCAAGAUAUAGCUGUGUAAGAAUGUCAUUUAGAAAUGUGAAGAUAGGUAGCUAGAAAAAAAAAGAUAAAAGUGUAGUUUACGCCUCAGAGGAGUCAGAAUGUGGAUGGAACAGGGUGGGGCAGGAACCUAAUAUUGCUUUAAGGACCUCUUUACUUUUUAACUAUGCACCUGUAUUUCUUCGAGAACUAUGAAUACCAAGAAUAUGAAUAGAAACUCUUUUAAUGAGCCUUACCUAUGCUUUUUAGCUGCGAUUUCUCCAUAUUGUUUUAUUCUCCAAAUUUAUCCCAUUUCUGCUCAAUGAUGAGAAAAUAUUCUCAGAGAACAUGUAUGGAAUGUUAUCUAGUAACAGAAAUAAUGUCAUUUAAAGAUAUAUUUUGUCAACGAGUAUUUCCCCAUCAAAAGCAUGGUUUGCUAUAUCCCUUAUAUCCUUAAAAGUCAUAAUGAAUUAGGAUUUAAUAACAUUUUAUUAGUUUGAAUGUUAUAAAUAGAUCUGUGUCGAUUAAAAACUUCAUAUGAUUUAAUUAAAAUAGUUGUGCUUCCUUAAUAAGGUAUUGAGUAAAAUAAUGAGGAUCAGAACUACGUUUAUUAAGCUUCCACCCAGGAAGGAGGAGGAAAAAGCCUGGCUUAAAUAAUUAGAAGUAAAAAGGUAGAGGAUUAGAAUACAGUAAGGACUGGUUGAACUAUUUAUGUAAAGCAGAGCAAGAAUAAUGUUUUCCUCAUGGCAGUAGUUCUAAGAUGCUUCAACAUGCCAAAAUGCUUCCAAGUUCUUGCAACCAGUAGUAACUAAUAACUGUACAGAACAUUAGGCCUUAGUGCUUUUUAGUUAAGCUGCCCCAUUUAACUCUCACAAUAUCUCUUCAAGUUAGAUAUUAUUACUAUUUCCAUUUUCAGAAUAGAAAACAGAAAACAUUACAGAAGGCUUAAAUAACUUUCCCAAGGAUAUAGGGUUGAUAAGUAGGAUAAAGAUAAUAUUUAUUGCCCACGCAAGGUACUUUUGACAGGAACCAUUCCCAGCUGGGAACUAAGAGAGAGAAACCAAGAUUUACCUAUGAGAUUUAUGGCUUCUAAUUGAUAAGGGAUUGAAUCCAGUCUAGAACUCAAGUUCUUCUCCAAAGUUGUGAUCUUCCUGCUGCUUGGGCUGGUGGAACCAUUAGUGUUAAAUAAAAUUCCCCACUUCCUAAAUAUAGCAAUAAACAUUGACUGAAUGGCAAAUCUUUCUGUCCCUUGAGAGAACGCUCAAGGGAGCAGGUAUAGCUUAUAAAUCAGUUCUGGGAAUUCCAGACUGAAUUAAUUGCUCCCUCUCACCCCCAAUUCCUUACAGUAGCUUGAAAACUCAGAGAGGGGGUGUCUGGAAGGCAUUCCAGUACAGAUGAGAAGUUCCUAAAUAGAACAGGGUAAAACAACUGAUAACAUGAUAUUGGAGACACAUAUGGAUAAUUAAGUGUGAGGAUUGAAAGGAGAAGGCAAAUUCUAAAAUGAACAAUCCUUAGCAGAAACUUUCUGACACCACAUUCGUUCCCUGUCUUUUGUUAUUUCUCUCACAAACCUUUAUUAUUAAUCAGUCCCCUUUCCUGGCAUCUUUGGCUGCCCUUUUGGGUAUACUGUUCACUGCCCAUUUCAUGUUUGCUUUUAUCCUACACGUUUCCAGGGGAGCCUUUCCUCCACUACCACCCCCUCCGGGACAGCAACGAGCUCUUAAUCUCUACCACCUUUUUUACUCCUGCUGAACAUCAGGUACACUACUGGCAAAACAGAAGAUUCUUAAUACGUGUUUACCAAAGAGAGGAAGGAAUGCAGAUGAAAAGUUUUUAUGAAACGGGGAGUUUUCAUGAAACUAAUCCCCUUUAUUUGAGGUUCAAGAUGGACAGCCCACAUUUUAAAAGGAUGUGUUUUAGCUUUUAUGGGUCUGAUAGAUGAGCCACUUAGGAUUAAGUAUUUGAUGGACAGGAUACUUGGUUGGCCAUGAAUUUGUCAUAUUUUCACUCACCAUCACCCUUGUGACAGCUAAAAGAUGGUAAAAUUCUACCAUUUUUACAUUACAAAAUGAGAAAUGUACCCAGCUUGUGACAGGUCAAAAUGAUCCACUUAAGCAUUUCUGUGAUGACACAUAGAACUCUGAUUGUUAACAUUACAGAUACCUUUUAGCAAACUAUAAUUUUGGACUCAUACAAUACUGACAUCUAAAAAGGUUUUUUGUUUUGUUUUUUUAAAUAAUCUGUUACUGUUAUAUUCAUGCAGGUGAUAAAAUCUUGUUUCUCAACCUUUAUCUCCCUUGUUGAAAGGUUGCACUCUUGAUAAAUUAAACGCUGACAGAUGUAGACAUUGAAUCAUGCCUUAGAGUUUCUUUUGUGUUUGUUUUGAAGGACUUAUGCUUUUCUUUUAAGGAAGAAAGGAGAACUUAGUGUAGAAAGCCGUCAUUUUAAUUGCAUAUUAAAAUAGUGUUCCUCAGUUAAAUAUGAAUCAUGUGUAUAGGAUUGGAAGAGUUAAAGCUGGUUUUCAGUAAGUGUACUUUUACUACAGCUAAGAAAUGAAAACCUUAUUAUGUCCCUUCCCAUUGUGAAUAAACAGAUAACUAAAGAGAUCAUUAAGAAAUUAGAAGGAAAAAUGGACCCUUUGACUUUUUCUACAGCAUACUAUGACUUAAUAUUUCUCUUCAUCUUAGCAUGAGCUUUGAAUUAGCAAGAUGGUACCGUGUAUAGCAUAGCUGUUUCAGAUUUAUACUGUUGAGUAUUGACUAUAACAUACAACUAACUCCCCAUCAGUAUUCCCUGUAGUCAAAGUCCCAAUUUUUCUUCAGGGUGCAGAUGACUUCUUAGAGAUUCUAACUAAAACUACUGUGUCAAAUGGCAUUUAACACUUAGCUUUUAAGCUUGAGGCAUUCUUUAUUUUUCAUCAGGCAAGCUGUAUUCCUAUCUAAAUGUGAAUCAGAGGCAGAACAAUACUGCUUGGAUUUCUGUAACUGUCUAGUAUUUUGUGGGGUUUUUUUUUGUAGAGAUUUCAGGCCAAAGGUGGUACCUUCUGAGUAGUCCCUUGUUCUGAAGUUCUGUUCCCAAGUUUACACUCUUAACCAGCAUAGCAUCAUCUUUAAUUUCCAUUUCUCGGUGUCCUUAGAGAAAGGCUUUUAGGAAACUAAAGACAAUUGUGGAGCAAUCUAAGUAAAGAAUGCUUCCAGAUUUUAUGAUUUUUGUCAAAACUUUGAGUCGUCUCCCUCAUACAUACUUUAAUAGCAAUUUUUAUUAGCUAUUGAAUUGCAUUAAAUCCUUCCAGAGCGUUUUCAUGAAAACAAGUUUUCCAGUUUAUAUUUCAUCAGUUUAUGAAAUACUGAGUCAAAUUAUGCAAUUCAAACUGUACAUGCAGAAAGUAUAACAUUUGGGACCAAAUUAUGAAUGUAACUGAUUAUUGGAAUAAAUCGAUUUGGGAAGGAACAUGACUGUUCUUUGACAACCCAACUUGUGGGAUCACAAAUACGCAUGCGCAGCUUUUGCGUCAUUACGGGCAGCCCUGCAGCCACUCCCUCAGAGCGAGGCCGCCGAAAUGGCGGUUAGGACCUCAUAUUUUGCCGACAGUGCGGCCGCCACCAUGGAGUCGCCCUCGCUGCGGGUGGCAGUGGUGUGCUCAAGUAACCAGAACCGCAGCAUGGAGGCACACUACUUCCUCAGCAAACGAGGUUUUAACGUCCGUUCCUUUGGCACAGGAACCCACGUGAAGCUUGCUGGACCAUCACCCAACAAGCCAAACAUUUAUGAUUUCAAAACCACAUAUGAGAAGAUGUACAACGAUCUCUGUAGAAAAGAUCGAGAUUUCUAUACAUAUAAUGGCAUCUUACAUAUGCUAAAUAGAAACAGGAGAAUCAAGCCCCGGCCAGAGAGGUUCCAGGAAUGCAGAGAUCAGUUUGACCUGAUCUUCACCUGUGAAGAGCAAGUAUAUGACCGAGUUGUGGAAGAAAUGUAUUCUAGAGAGCAAGAGACCUGCCAGCCAGUGCACGUGAUCAACAUAGACAUCAAGGACAACGCAGAAGACGCCACCCUGGGGGCAUUCCUCAUCUGCGAGAUGUGCCAGUGCUUCCUGUACACAGACGAUAUGGAAAAUGACAUGGAUUUGCUGCUGCAGGACUUCGAGAGGAGGAAAGGCCGGUCCUUCCUCCACACCGUCUGCUUCUACUGAAGGUAUUCUGCCGGUGGAUGAAAGCAGUAACCAAUCAACUGUACGAGUGAAAUGAGAAGAUACACGUAGCUGCCGGAUUAAGGACCCAUCAGUUUUUCCUAUCCCACUUUUACUUUUCGUGUUAUGUUAUUUAUGAAGUUUUUCUUCUUUGACCAAUAAAUAAAAUAAGUUCAUAGUGCAUCUUUCCCUGA